AUGGAUUUGAAAAGGGCAUCUGAGAAUUUGGGAUGUUCAUUGUAUGCAUCAAAGCCCUACAAACACAUUGAAGAGAGUCCAAACUGGGACCAAGUAAUUGACUGUGGUAAAAGUGAGAAAAGCAGAGGUAUUGUAUGUGGUGGUAAAGGAGCUGGCAAAUCUACAUUCCUUCGCUUCUAUGUGAACCAGUUGCUAAGUCAAGGACCUGUGCUGGUGAUUGAUUUGGAUCCAGGGCAGUGUGAAUUUACUGUAGCUGGAAGUGUAUCUGCUACCAUCGUUAAUGAACCACUUCUUGGACCCAAUUUCACACAUCUGAAGAAACCAGAGAUAAUGUUAAACUUGGGCAUUAUCAGUGCAAUGGACAACCCGAGACGUUAUGUGAACGCCGUUGACAGCUUAAUAAACCGGUGCUUGGAAAGCGAUGAGCUUAACGGCAUGCCAUGGAUUGUAAACACAAUGGGCAUGUGCAAUGCAAUUGGUCUGAAGUUCAUGUGCUUCAUAAUACAGCGCGUCCAACCGACGUUCUUACUACAGAUAGAGCUGCAAGCUUUGAAAAAGAACUUCGAGUAUCGUUUAACGUCGCAGAAAGUCGAGGAGUUGUGCGUCGACUUCAGAGGCGACCGGUUGUUCUCGAAAAUGCCGCAGGGUGGCCAACUGUCGUACUCUUAUCUAAUAGCGCCAGCGGAGACUUACCGCACCAACAAGAACGCUGGUAGCGAUAAUCACGUCCUGGCGCCGAGGGACGAGAGAUAUCUAAAUUUCUUAGCUUACUUCGGUGAGCUUGUGAAUAUAUAUAAGACUGCAGACUUGUUGGGGAUUACGCCUUACGUGGUCCGUAUGCAAGAUUUGUGCGUGGCAACGAACGUGAAACUGCACAGCGAUUCGGUUACAAAGGUGCUGAACGGCAAGGUAGUGGCACUGUGUCAACAAUCAACGCGGCCCGAUAAAGCAGCGAAGGUGUUUACACUAGGCGAUAAACCUUUGCUCUGUCAUGGACAUGGACUCAUCCGAGGCAUUGACUAUGAAAAAGAUGAAGUAUAUAUUAUUACUCCAAUACCACCACAAGAUUUAUGUUUAGUUAAUAUCAUUAUGUAUGCCGAUUGGGUUCCGGAAUUAAGGGGACAAGAGAAGAACCUCCCAGAAGGAACUGUGGUCCCAUAUAGGACAACAAGCCAGUAUCAACAAAGGCAAUUCAUGUUUACACCUCGUAGGAGAUUCAACCCUCUACAGCUAUUGAAAAUGUCAAGGAAUUCC